AUUUCACUUCGGUUGUUCUGAGAUCUUAAAAUGCCUGAACCAGCGAAGUCCGCGCCCGCCCCGAAGAAGGGCUCCAAGAAGGCGGUGACCAAGGCGCAGAAGAAGGACGGCAAGAAGCGCAAGCGCAGCCGCAAGGAGAGCUACUCGGUGUACGUGUACAAGGUGCUGAAGCAGGUGCACCCCGACACCGGCAUCUCGUCCAAGGCCAUGGGCAUCAUGAACUCGUUCGUCAACGACAUCUUCGAGCGCAUCGCGGGCGAGGCGUCGCGCCUGGCGCAUUACAACAAGCGCUCGACCAUCACGUCCAGGGAGAUCCAGACGGCCGUGCGCCUGCUGCUGCCCGGGGAGCUGGCCAAGCACGCCGUGUCCGAGGGCACCAAGGCCGUCACCAAGUACACCAGCUCCAAGUAAACUUGCCAAGAGGAGCAGCUGGGUUUUAGACAUCUUCACCCACCACUGGUCACGGCUAAACACCAUUGCAUCUCACAUAUAAAACAACAAGUGACGCUACGAGAAGAUAAAUGGAAAUAUUUUUAAUAAUCACGGAAGGAUCAGUAAGAACCUGGCUAAAAAUUUUUUUCUGAGUAUAAAAAUAUUAAAUG